AUGAUUAAACUUCAAUCUGAUAUUGGUAUUCUGUAUCAAACAAAUCAAACAUCUUUAGUAAAUUAUCUUCAAUCAAUUCUAUUAAGAAUUAUUCAUGGGAAUGUGGAACUUGUUAUGAUACAACUUUAUUUAUUUCAAUAUUUAGUGAAAAUUCUUUUAUUAUUGAACUAUAAUAUAUUUCCAUCAAUAUAUUUUAAUAAACGAUGGCAACCAUUCAUAGUUGAUAAAGAAAAUGAAGUUAUACGUGAUAUGAAAUCCAAUGAAAAUAAUCUUGGAUUAAUAAUUAAUAAUGAUAAUAAAAAUGAAAGUCGUAUUGAAGUUCGUUCAAUAAAAUCCUUUGAAUUAGUUUAG